AUGUCUUUAGAAGAUAUUGUUAAAAAUCUUACUAACAGUACUCUUCAACUUCAACAAGAAACAAGGUCAAGCAUUCAAAAUUUAAGCAAUCAAAUUACUCAAUUGGCUAUGUCGUUUAGUGAAUUGGAGGCUCAAAAUUUUAGAAAACUACCUUUACAACUAGAGGUAAAUCCAAAGGAGAAUGUUAGUGCAAUUGUACUAAGAAGCGGAAAGGAGAUUCCUUCAAGGCUGAUUCCACUUAAGGAAAGUGAAGUGAGCAAGGAAAAGGAAGAAACAGCUUCCUCUAAAGCAUCACAUGGAGUAAAAUUCGACCCUCCUCUACCUCUUUCAUCUCACACUCCAUUACCUCAUUUUCCUAGCAGAUUAGCUAAGCCAAAAGAAGAUGAGCAAGAAAAGGAAAUCUUGGAUACAUUUAGGAAGGUGGAGAUAAAUAUCUCAUUAUUGGAUGCUGUCAAGCAAAUUCCUAAAUAUGCAAAGUUCUUGAAGGAAUUGUGCACAAACAAAAGGAGGAUGAAGGAAAAGGAGAAAGUGGUGAAAAUUGAGCGUGCCAUGUUAGAUUUAGGAGCUUCUAUUAAUGUCAUGCCAUUUUCUGUUUAUCGAGAGUUGAAACUAAAUGACUUGCAAAAGACUGGUAUAGUGAUUCAAUUAGUUGAUCGUUCUUAUAUUCAUCCUAUUGGAGUUGUUGAAGAUGUUUGGUGCAGGUUAAUAAGCUUAUAUUUCCUAUUGACUUUUUACAUUCUGGAAAUGGAUGGUAAUUCCUCAUCAAAAUCAGCUUCAAUUUUGUUAGGACGACCAUUCAUGAAAACAACUAAGACAAAGAUUAAUGUAGAUGAAGGUACUCUCUUUGUAGAGUUUGAUGGACAGAUUGUUAAGUUUAAUAUUUUUGAUGCAAUGAAAUAUUCUAAUAAUGUACAUUCUCUUUAUCAUAAUGAUGUGAUUGAUUCAAUUGUACAUGAUGUAUUUGCAAAAGAAAGUAUUGGCGAUGAGCAAGAAUAG